AUGGAGGCCGACGAGUUGAUGGACGAUGAUCUCUUUGCCGAUCUUUACGGUGACGAUGAGCCUUCAAAGACUACACAAGCAGAGCAAUCAAAACCUGCACAGGCACCUGUAUCUACACCAGCUCCUAUGGUAGCGGCUGCCCAACCUGCUGCCCCAAUCACUGAGAACAAUGUGCCAGCAACUUCAUAUGCGCAAGAGGCUACUCCUGUCCCUACUGUUGCCCAAAAGGCUGUUGAUCCCAGGGCCCCUCCCCCAUCUCAGCCCACUCCUGUUAACCAACAGCCUGUUAAAAUUGAGAAUCCGUACGCCAUUGAGGAAGAAGCUGACACCUAUUCUGGAUGGGACGCUGCUAUGGGUGGCUCCAAUGGUAAUGAUAAUGGUGCUUACGGUGGCUAUGGAUAUGAUGGAGCAGGUGGAGCAGGGGGGUAUGGAGAUGGGCAGGUAUCUGGGAGUCCAGCGAUUAAGGAGGACGGGAAAAUGUUCAUUGGUGGCUUAAACUGGGAAACAACUGAUGAGUCACUGAAAGAAUAUUUCAGUCAAUAUGGCGAGGUUAUCGAGUGUACUGUCAUGCGCGAUGGCCCAACUGGGCGAUCUAGAGGAUUCGGAUUCUUGACCUUCAAGGAUCCUAAGACUGUUAAUAUCGUUAUGGUGAAGGAGCAUUACCUUGACGGCAAAAUAAUCGAUCCAAAACGUGCUAUCCCUCGGGACGAGCAGGAGAAAACAUCUAAGAUCUUCGUUGGAGGCGUGAGUCAAGAAGCGUCAGAAGCGGACUUCAGAGAAUUCUUUACACAAUUUGGCAGGGUUCUCGAUGCUACUUUGAUGAUGGAUAAGGACACGGGUAGGCCCAGAGGGUUCGGCUUCGUGACAUUUGAUAGUGAGGGCGCAGUCGAAAAUGCAUUGAACUGUAAGACAUUGGAAAUUCUGGGCAAGCCGAUCGAAGUUAAGAAGGCCCAGCCUCGCGGUAAUAUCCGCGAACGCAUGAACGCCAACUUUGAUGAGCGUGAUGACCACAGGGGAGGUGGAGGAGGUGGUGGUGGUACUAGUGGUGGUGGCGGUGGCGGAUCUUUCCGUGACCGUACAGAUCGUCGUGACCGUUUUGAAAAUCGCGACGGCUCUGCAAUUGGCUCUAACUACAACAAUGGCGGUGUCCCACAGAACCAACCUGCACAAGGUGGCCAACAAGGAAUUUAUGGUGGGAUACCGCCGCAAGUGAUGGCACAAUACUACCAAAAUGUCCAGAGAUACAUGCAGGCAAUGCAAGCAAUGGGCCGUGGUGCAGCCGGGCCGAUGCCGAUUGCGAAUCCAGCAAUAAUGCAAGCUCUUGGAAGAGGAGCUGCCAUGAACCCGGCAAUGAUGCAGCAGAUGCAGCAGAUUCAGCAAAUGCAAGCCCAACAAGCCCAACAAGGCCCCAUGGCCACUGUUGGUUCACCGGGUCCUCCUCAGUCCGGCCCACAAGGAGGAUAUGGGUCACCACAACCACAAAUGGGAUAUGGUGGACCCCAAGGGCCUCAAGGCCAACAACAAGGCGGUGGGAGCUAUGAUAACAGUGGUGCUAGCUAUCAUGAAAUGCAACAGGCCCAGCAACAGGCCCAGCAACAGCAACAGCAGCAGCAGCAGCAGCAGCAGCAACAGGCCCAGCAGCAACAGAAUCAGUACAGGCAGCAAAGAAACUUCCAGCACCAUCCAUCACAAAGAGAUUAUCAACCACCUCAACCACAACCUAGCUCUUGGGAAGGGAUGUACGAUGAUGUGCCUCCACAGCAGCAGAUGAUGCAGCAAGCUCGAAUUGGAGGUGGUGGUGCACCUUAUAGACAGAAUGGACAGGGUUCCGAUGGACCCCCUCCCAAUGCGCCUACUGGACCACGAAAUGCAAAGGGUUCCGGAAGUAACUAUAGAGGAGGCGGAAGAGGUGCAACUGCAGCCAGGGCCAAUGAUAGAGGCGGUGCCGGGUAUGGUGCUGGAUAUAGGGGUGGUUAUCACCCUUACGCCAGGAAUGGCUAG